CUCAUCAGUAGCCUACGACCAACCAAACACUACCGUCUGACAAUGAACGCGACACUUGUGGCUUCUGUUCUUGCAUUAACCUUUGCGGUCCUCGCAACGGAAUGUGCCGUCAUAUCAAGCCGCUGCAUAUGCUUAAAGAAUUACGAAGGUGCAACUAUCCCUGCUGCAUAUGUGAAGACGAUCGUUCGCCUGCCCGCUGGUUCCCACUGUAGAGACGAACAAGUCAUUGUUUAUUUCAACAAAGGGAAAAUGCUGUGCGUCAGUCCUGUUGCACCAUGGGUGAAAACCCUGGAAGAAGUCAUCAAGGCAAGGAACUCGACCAGCACCAGCACACCUGCAGCAGCCACAGCCAUCAUCAACUGAUGGCCGUCACAAUACAAGGUCAAACGAAGGUCAAGACAAAGUCACGUCAAGUCAAGUCAGACGCUUAGUGCAGGAAAAGGGCUGAUGCCCCCCUAUCACCGGCAGCCAGCAACAGUGUAUGUUGAUACAGUAUGUCACAGAGAUGAGACUGUGGAUGUGUAGGGCCUAAAAAACACAGGAUUGAUUAGUACAGUGCUUAAAGUGGCAAAAAAAUAAGUGCCGGUACUCACGUAAAAAAGUACUGUUGACAUGCAGUACUAUACUAUGCUAUACUAUACCGUAUUAUACUAUACUAUAUUAUACCAUACUAUACUAUACUACAGUAUGCUAUACUAUACACAGGUGUUACCAUAGCAGUCCUGGUGCUCUAGAGACCAAACUGGAGAAGUGCCAUGCCAGUGACUAACCACCCUGAAUCACUGAUUCCUUAUCAGAGAGAGAGAGAGAGAGAGAGAUUACGGUUUGCAAUGACCCAGAACAGAGAUGCCCUGGUUUACUGUAUAGGCCUAUGUAAACUUCAACUGGCAAAAGGACAUAUUUGUAGGCCUACUUAAGAUGCAUUGAAGAAGUCUGUUUAUCCAUGAAUGUCUGUUAAUAUUUGUCUAUUAUGAAUGUCUGUUAGUAUUUGAGAUGUCAUUUUAAAAAUUAUGCUGCAAAACAUUUUAUCAAACUAAGGGGUGUAACACGCUCAACUCAACCAAAGUAAAAAACUGUGUGCUCAUUCCUCAAGAAUUUAUGAAAUAAAGAGAACAGGACUGCACUCAAAGUCUUUGCCCGUCAGACGUUUUGGGGUUAACCCUCUUCAGAGUCGCGCAAAGAGUGCUGUCUUGUUCUCUUCAUUGCAAAACAUUUUAUACAACUAAUAAACGAGGUUGAAGGGAUAUGAAAAGUAUUUUUUUUAUAAUGUUGAAGUGGUAAAAAAAUAAGGCAGCUCUGUUAACCUACCUAAUAUAUUUGUGUACUUAAAUGCACAAUAAUGCUUUUGCUUGUACAUAGGCUACUUCAGUACAACCAACAUGUCA